AUUAGGAAUUUGGAGCGGUGAGAGGAGGGGCGUUUGUGUGUGUGUGAAGGAGCAGUCGGUCUCCUCCCCUCGUCUCCCCCCGCCCUCUCGCGCCCCCCAUGCCUUUGUGUGCGCGAGGCUCUCUCUCUGUGAGCGGCGGAUCUUCAAGUGAGAAAUCGGUUCGUUUCUGAGCGCUGUUUGAGUGUGUGUGGGCUGUUCAAACACAACGCGUGGCUGACUGGGACCGGGGUGAACCGGUAGAAGGCACGUGAAACCUCGGAGUUUAUUUUCAUUCACACACGCGCGAUCAGAAGGGAAAAUAACGGAGAAAUAUAGAAUAUCGGACUUUUCCCUUUCCUCUUAUCCAUCUAUCAUUCUCCAUUUAUCAUUCUCUUGUUCUCUCUAUCCGUGGAGAAGCUGACCAACCUAAACAACCUGAUGUGUGUGUAUGUGUGUUUUGGGGGCGUAAAACAACGGGCAGCGCGUGAAGAUGGAUUAACGGUUGAACGGAAAACUGGAGCAGCACGCGAGACCACGGCGAGGGGGGAGGGCAAGACGGGACUCUGCUAACACACACAACUCGCGGGAUAGAGACUCUGAUUGGACCAACACCAGGAUGAUGUCGUCACCCAAAGCCAAGGCCAAGAAGAAACCUCCCAAAGACAGCAUGACGCUUCUACCAUGCUUCUACUUCAUAGAGCUCCCGAUCGUCCUCUCCUCUCUCGUCUCUCUCUACUUCAUGGAGUUGACAGACCUGUUGUCCCCGGCGACCCCUGGGUUCCGUUGCUAUGACCGCGACUUGUCGUUGCCCUACCUGGAGACAGGAGAUGAACUGAUCCCUCUGCUGAUGUUACUGAGCCUGGCCUUCGCAGGACCGGCUGCCUCGAUCAUGCUGGGUGAAGGGUUGAUGUAUUGUUACCAGUCCAGAGUCAAACAUAGUAAAGCUGAAGGAUCCAUCAUCGCUGGAGGGUGUAACUUCAACUCCUUCCUACGGAGGACUGUUCGCUUUGUUGGUGUUCAUGUGUUUGGUCUCCUGGCAACAGCCCUGGUGACGGACAUCAUCCAAUUGGCUACUGGUUAUCCCACCCCUUUCUUCCUGACUGUCUGUCAGCCCAAUUACACGCUGCCUGGGAUAUCAUGUGACCAGAACAACUACAUCACACAGGACAUCUGCUCUGGGAAAGACCUGUAUGCCAUCCUGUCAGCCAGGAAAACAUUUCCGUCCCAGCAUGCAACGCUCUCUGGCUUUGCUGCUAUCUACAUCUCUAUGUAUUUGAACAGUGUGAUCAGCAGUAGUACCAAGCUGGUGAAGCCAGUGCUGGUGUUUGGCUACUGUCUGGCUGCAGGCAUAGCUGGACUGACUCAGAUCACACAACACCGCUGCCAUCCCAGAGACGUCUAUGUGGGCUACGCUAUAGGAGCUGGCAUAGGAGUCUACCUGUCUCUGUAUGCAGUAUGUAACUUCAGGUCAUCCGAGGAGGACUGUCCCCCCCAGCCUGUCCGGAGGGCUGCCUCUCCCCCCCAGCAGCAGAGGGAGGUGGUGGUGAGGGGACUAGCCCAAAGAGGACAUGGCUCUCAGCACGGCUCUCUGUACCGCAGCAAGACACCCAGACCAUCAGACAGCAGGGAGGAACUGGGGCCUGGACGCUGCAAGGUACGUAGGGAGAAGGCCAGCGUAGCGUCUCUGAAGAGGGCCAGUGCUGACGUGGAGCUCCUGGCGCCCCGCGGCACCAUGGGAAAGGAAACCAUGAUAACAUUCAGCAAUACCUUACCCCGCGUCGCCAACGGCAGCAGCAGCACCUCGCCCCCCGGAGACGACCCCUCCAACCAGCGUCACAUGACCUUCCACCUGUCCUUCGACCCCCGCAGGUCACAACCAAGGUUGCGACCUCCGCUGGUGCAGGAGUGGAGACAGCAACACUCUAUGGAGAGACGGAGCGAGGAGGAGGGGGGGGUGGAGAGAUCUGGCGGAGGAGCGGGAGGAGAAGGAGGAGGGGGUGAGGCAGGGGAGACAGGGGUGAUGAAUCCUCCCUCCCUCUAUCCGACGGUACAGUCGGCCAAUAGAGCCGUUGCCACGGCUACCCCAGCGCCAGCCCCACUGGUACAUAUCCCUAAGGAGGGGAUUAGACACCCUCCUUCUGUCUCCCCUCUACCUCCUUCUGUCUCCCCUCUACCUCCCCCCGUCUCCCCUAAGAGCGCGGUGACGCGUGCCAAGUUGAUGUCACUUAACCAGGGAGGGGAACGAGCCAGGGAGGGGCCUAUCCCUGUGACGACUCCGCGUGUGCCCACCCAGCUGCCCAAUCAGCCGCCCAAUCAGCCGCGAGUGGCGCAGGUCAUUGCCAUGUCCAAGCCGCAUGGACCAAUCAGCUCCUCUGCCAAGGGCUCUGAUUCUGCCUCUUCCUGUGGGGGAGGGUCUUCAACAGGAAGCUCUGAGUCUCCGUACUACCGGAUCCCCUCCGACCGCGACAGCCACACCGGGAGUGUUACCGGAAGCGUUACCGGGAGUAUUGUCACCAUAGACGCUCACGCCCCUCAUCACCCUGUGGUCAGGGUGUCUAGCAGUGCUGGUACCGGGAGUAAUGGGACCCCAGGGCCCAGAGUAGCAGCUGCCGGUAACGGGACCCUCUGGGAGUGGAGGAACACCACCAGCGGGAGCCAGGCGAGCGUCGGUGAGCAGGGCAAGAGGGGGGCACUACAGCGCCAGGAGAAAGUCACCGCACCGGAAUAUCAGGAAUACCGCACACUUCCCGUGAAAUCAGACUCUAUCUGCUCCUCCUCUCCCAGCGAGACGGAUUCCACCACCCUGCCUCCCCCUCCUCACCCUAUCUCCUCCCCACUUCCUCCCUUCUCCUCCUCCCCC